AUGUUGGACCGCAUGGAACUCGAAGACCGCACCAUCAACUUCUUGUUCGAGGCAGCCACACAGUACAGCCUGCUUGCUCCAGCAGUUUCCAGAGCUUUGGCGAGAAGGAUGCGUGUGUUCGCUUCUGCUGCGAAAGUGAACCUCCAUGCCUCCAGUGUGGAGCAGCUCAUGUGCCCACGCUGUUCCCAGGUGUAUGUUCCAGGAUAUAAUUGCCAUGUAUCGGUGAAGCCGACGAAAAGGAAGCGGAAGGAUAGCAGGAUCACGAAAUCCAGGACUUCUAUUUCAACUCGGAAGUCUUCAUACUCGGAAACAGACAAGCAAGGAGAGGCAGUGCACCAGAAAUGCUCGCUGCCCACGUCUUCGCGAAGGAUGAGACAUGCUACAGGCUUCGAAGCAUCCACUCGCCAUCCGAAGAGGCCGCGGAUCUUGAGGAGGUGGCUUCACUACAUUUGCCGCUGGUGCAAAUGGCGGCGGUGCCUGCUCCUGCCUUGUCGGCCUCAGCGGCCGCAGGUGGCUGCACGACCAGCUGCAAAGACAUUGGCCGAGAAGAAACAGGCCGCAGUCAACGAAGAGGCCAGAAAUGCAGCAAAGGCUGCGAAGAGGCUUAAACAAGCCAAAGCGAAGGCCAAAAGUGCUGCGACAUGCUUACCUGCGGGGGCUGGAGAGGAUGCCAGUAUGAGAGCGGAUGGCUUGGCACCUGCGGUCGAAUCCUCGGGUUCUGCAGCAGGCGCACUGUCCUUGCCCACAGCCAUCAAGGAUCGGGAAGAAUCAGCGACGCCAAACGUGCUGACAGCGGAUCAGCCAAAGGCAUCGCCAGCGCAUCCUGAGGCUGUUGCAAAGCAAGAGCCGAAGGCCAAGCGCCGGCCGCGACAGGAUAAGAUGAGUCGGGCUCUUGCCCAAUUCGGGCAUGCAGCGUUUGACACCAGCUUCUGA